AUGGUGGAGCUUAUUCGACCUUGCGCAUUUCGAGUACAGCGUCAACCAUGGCUGUGGGGUCUGAUCAUCCCAUCUGUGGCUCUGACAGCUCUGGUUCUUUGCGACGCUUUUGGCCUGUUCACACGCUACUCGUACACAGUGUCACCAUCAAUCAACGAGGAGGCAAUCUCCCUGCCAGCAGACUAUGAGAGUCAUGGAAGUCAGCGCUGGGGUCCAAAGUCAAUGGCUUCAGCCAGUCAAAGGCUGGAAGGCGCAAAGGCAACAAGCAGAAGGGCAGACAUUUGGACGUCCGAGGAAGCACCAAAGCCUGCUGCGUGCAAGGAUUUGCCGCAGUCGUUGCUGCUGCCGUCGAAGGGAGCCAAGCAAAAGCGUAGAUGGUCAGCAGGUGUGCAUGAGGCUACGAAAUCAAACCAAGCGAAUGCAAAGCAUGCAGCACUUCAGGAGCCACUGCUUGAAGUAGCGUUGGUGCCCGAAGGGCCGCUUGAGAGCCUGGUCGAUUCCAUGAACAAUGCCUGCCGCAUUUGUCUGGAAGCUGCUGAUGUUGGGGAUUACCAGGUUUGCGCCUGCCGUGGUUCGCAAGGCUUUGCCCACAUCCAGUGCUUGGCAGACUUAGCAGCCAGUAAAUGGCCCUCCUUGGAACCGUGGCGGCAAUGUCCAACCUGCAAGCAGAACUAUGUCGAUCAUGUGCACUUGGCCUUGAGCAAAGCACUCUGGGAAGUCGCACAAGACAAAAGCGCGGAUGUCCGACGGGCGGCUGCUGGCCAACUAGGCCUGGCACUCUUCGCUAACAGUGACUUCGGUGAGGCGGCUGCAAUCCAUCGCGAGACCCUGGCUUCAUGCUUGGAAGCUCUAGGAUGGGAGCAUCCAGAUACGCUUGCAUCAGCAAACAACCUGGCGAUGGCUCUGCGAGCUGAAGGGAAGGCCUCUGAAGCGGAGAUGCUCUACACUGAGGCGGUGGAGGUCAUGAAGCGCGUGUUUGGCCCAGAAGAUCCCGACACCCUGGCCACUGCCUCCAACCUGGGUCUUGCACUCUUGGAGCAGGAGAAGUGGGCAGAGGCAACGACCUUGCUGGAAGAGUCUCUGGCGAGCACAAGGCGCGUAUUGGGUCGCGAUAGCCCACGAGCUUUGACCAUGGCAGCAAAUUUGGCAAUGGCCCUGGAAGCACAGAAAAGAUUUCCUGAGGCAGUCAAGCUGCACCAAGAGCGGCUGGAGGUUCUACGCCAGGUUUGUGGGCGCUGCCAUGAGGAGUCACUCAUGGCCACCGAGGAGACAUCCAGGGCUCUGUGUGCUUUUAGUGCCACUGAUGGUGCCAUCGAAUUGCAGAAGCGUACUCUACAGGAAGUCCGCGCAGAUUUGGGCAGAGACCACCCAUAUGCGCUUGCCUUCCAAAAGUCCUUGGCGCACACCUUCCUUGAUGUGGGUUUGGCGGAUCAGGCUUCGCAGCUCUUGCGGCGCACGUUGGUUGCAGAACGAGCCAAUGGCGCAGAGCCGUUGCAAGUCUCAGCAACAGAAGCAGCGUUGGGAUCUGCACUGCGAAUGAAGGGUGAUCUGGAUGAAGCCAUUGUUCUCCUGUCUGACUCCGGCAAGGCAAUCUGUGAACAUCUGGGCCACUCCCAUCCGCAGGCAAUGCAAUGCACGGGGAGCCUUGGCCUCGCAUAUGCAGCCAAGGGGGAGAAGAAGAAGGCUGCAGAACUGCAAAAGCAGCUGAGCGCCCAGUUGCAACGGGUUUCUGCCAGGCAGCUCGCUGGAGUGUACUCUGAAGUUGUCAAACUCGAGCUGCAGUUGCAGGACCAGCUUCCAACCAUCAAGGUCCGCCUUUGGCGGCUGUUGUGCUGCUGUGCUCGCUGCGGUUUCUGCCGCCGGCUGCCACUCAUGCUUCAAACGCUUCUCCAUCGAAAGCAGCAUGAACUCUGA